AUGGAGAGUCAAGACCAGGCCGCUCCGCCGCCGCAGCCUGUUUUCCACGCCGACGACGCGACUCCGUCCGAUGGGCAGCCGCCGCAGAAGAGGCAGCGCGUGUCGCAGGCGUGCGGGCCAUGUCGAGAUCGGAAGACGCGCUGCGAUGGACGCCAGCCCAUCUGUCGCGCCUGCGAGACCAGAGGUGUAGCCAACACGUGCAAUUUUGACUACGUCCGACGACAGCGCCGGCCGCGCACUUCGGGAGUGCAAGGCGCACCAGGCUCGUCUCAGCACGCGCAGCCUCCAUUCCGAGGAGCCGACUCGGAUCGAAACCAUGCGGCUGCUCAAGCACUUUCUGACCUGGGCCACCCGCGAGACGACACCCAUCAGCAGAGCAUCCCUCGCCCGCCGGUGACGCCCAUCAGUGGACUGCAUCCAAGCGCUGGCACUGCGAGCGCUCCGCCUGGUGCCAGUCACUACCCGCCAGGCUGGCGCACCGCCCGCGCAGAUGGCCUCGCGACUCUGGCCGAUGGCAAUGAUGGGUCCAUGUAUGGCCCAUCCUCAACUGUAGCCUUCCUGCGACAUGUAAUGCCCAACCAGUCUGGAACUGCCACGCCUGUAGACCGCAGCCUCACAGAUCCCGAUGUGAAGCCACGGCCGUCUGCGCCAAUCCCGGAUCGUCAAUUACCUCGAACGGAAGGACUUGCAGUAUUGCCUAAGAGGCGACUAGCGGACAACUUCUUGAACUGUUAUUGGGAAUUCAUACAUCCACUAUUCCCCGUGCUCCAUAGACCCUCGUUCCUCCGAAAGUAUGAAGCAUUAUGGACCGACGAUGAACACGAAGGCAGCAGAGGUACCGACUCGGAGGUCGAGGAAGCAACCUUCACUUCGUCUCUCAAUCUCGUCUUCGCCAUUGGGUGCAAGUUCAGCGCCCUGGUAGAUGUGACCCAGAAGUCAUCCGUAGCUGAGGACUUCUUCCAGCGCGCUCGACAAUUCUACGCCUAUGACAUUCUCGAUUCCACCUCGAUAUCAGUGGUGCAGAUGCUGGUACUCACCGGCGUCUAUCUCCAAUCUACUCAACACGCUCGUCGAUGCUGGAAUUCGGUGGGGCUGGCCAUCAGGAUGGCACAGAGCCUGGGCUUGCACGUUGAUCAAUCUUUCAGACAGUCAACAUCGCAAGUCGAACAACAAAUGCGUCUCCGAAUCUGGCACACAUGUAUCCAUCUUGAUCGACUAUUGUCCAUGACUUUUGGUCGUCCCAGCAUGAUCGACAAGCAAAUCGAUGUCCCCAUUCCGGCGCUCAUUGACGACGAAUUUCUGGCAGAGAGAGGAAUUGGAAAGCAAGCCGACAACGUUCCUUGUCGUCUUGGUUUGUUUGUUUCGUCUUCUCCUUUGCUUGAAUUACUGGAGGAGAUUCUCAAGCGGUUCUACCGGCAGAGCGGCUUCCACAAGACUCCAAGCAGUUGCGCAGAAACCGCCGAUCUGGUCGAGCCGGUCUUGAGUCUCAAUCGCAAGUUGGAUGAUUUUGCAGAGAACGUGCCUCAAUAUCUACGCAUCUUCACCAAUACCACCACGCCUGGCAAUGAGGACCAUGUACAGCUGCAACAACAGGUCUUGUACAGUCGCUUCCUAUACGUACGAUUGCUUUCUCUGAGACCGAUUCUGCUGGCCGCCACUAGUCGAGGCUACAGACCUUCGACCAAAUUCUCGCUCGAUGACGAUGUGAUACGCACUUGUUGUGGGCGCUGUGUUACAACUGCCUGUCAACUUGUUGAUGUGAUCCACGACAACAUCCACACACUGUACCGAAGCUCAGGCUGGCACUCCGUGUAUUUCACAUUCUCUGCCGCCAUGACACUGCUCGCUUCCUGGAAGGUCAACGAUCUGCAUUCGCGACUCGACGGGGAUCAUAGGGAAUCGGCUUGGCUGCGGUGUCUAGUUAUCCUUGAGCAUUACGAACACCAGAUUCACUCGGCGGAACAAGCUAUCAAAAUCCUCAAGUCAUUGAAAGCGCAGAUUUUGCAGCCUUCACACAUGCAAGCACCGGCUCAGAGGAUUAAUACAUCACUUGAUCCUACCUUGCAGUUGCCUCCCACAGUGAAUGGCACAACUCCAGCCGCAGCGAGCAUGUAUCCCGCUGUGAACCUCGACGAUGCAGACCUCUUCAGCACCGAUAACAUCUCGGAUGCUUGGUAUGGACAGCAGCUGGUCAACCUGGAUUGGCUAGAGAUUCCCCAGCUGUACGGAUGAAGUUUGCGCCAGAACGAGAGAUCCAUGGCUUCUCACCCACGCCUGGACCAUUUGAGCGACGACAAUGAAUUCUGAUCUGUCCCAAAAACUUGGAACAUCCUCUUCUGCAUAUUCAUAAAAGUAAAAGUUGUCUCCGAAGAAUUGUGAAACGAAAGCAAGGCGCAUAUCAGGCAAGCAGCACACGAGUUCAGCCGAGUUCAGCCCAGAAGUGAAGGAUUGCCGAUAAGCAUUCCAACAAUAUACGGCCCAGACGCUUCUACAAGGCCAACAAUAUUGGCAACUACAUACCAAUCCCAGUCCUGCAAGUGCACCGAUGAACAACGAGAAGGCGGCUCUCUGAUCUGCUUCCAGCCAUGUUGCUCCUGGCAUCCGGUUCGCUCUGUGCUUACAAAACUGCAGGGAUCGGCUCGGGACAGCAGUGAUUCAAUAUUUUGUAUGCAAGAAUAGCAUACCCCACGGGGCGUCAAAUUGCCUAGGACAAUGCGUUGUAUUGGCAGAAAAUACUCGAGCUACGGAGCUCGACCAUAGCAUAUGGACCAGUGACAUUUGUUCAGUGACCGAUAAUACAUACAACAGCUAUCAUGAACAAAUAUUGCUUACAAGAGCUGUUCGAAACCACAUAUACCAAAGACUUCAUUCGAUAUUCG